AUGAAUCCUGCCCCCGGGCCCGAACGACCACGUGGACGACCAAGGUUCGAUCCAGAUGAGUACCAGCUUCGCAAGAGGCAGCCGACACGGCUCCCAAGGAGAGACACCGACGUCUACGUCAACACCUCGACCAACUUCAAGGCUCAGCUGGAGCGCUGUCGCAAGCUGCUGGACUCCGGGAAGACCGAAGUCUUUGUGCACGCCAUGGGCGCAGCCGUGAGCCGCGCCAUCAACCUGGCCCUGCAGAUCCAGACGCACUUCCAGGGGCUCGUGGAACUGGACGUUCGGACCUCCACGGUGGAUGUCGUGGACGACGUGGAACCGCAGCUGGACGAACUAGAGCCAUUCACGCAAACCCGACAGACCUCGGGGAUCCACAUCAGGCUGUUUGUGCCGUCGGAGCAGCAGCAACAGGCUUCCGCGUCAUCGACGUGAGACGCCUCUUGUUGUUUGUGGUGGUUCGACAAAGUUGGGGUUGUAAAUGCGUCAAGACUGACAUA